CUUCUUCUUCUUCUUCUUCUCAAUCUGAGUAGUGGUUGAACUUGAUUUGAUUCGAUUCGAUUCAAAUUUCUCUCAGAAUCAAAAGAAAUCUCAAUUGGGCAGGGAUCUAAUUGUAACUGAAAGAAUUAAAAAUGGGAAGUUUGGGAGCGAUUUUGAGAAACCCAGAUGAUUUGUACCCACUAUUGAAGCUAAAAAUGGCAGCAAGGCAUGCAGAGAAGCAGAUCCCACCGCAGCCUCACUGGGGAUUCUGUUACUCUAUGCUUCAUAAAGUUUCUCGUAGCUUUGCUCUUGUUAUUCAGCAGCUCGACAUUGAGCUUCGUGAUGCUGUCUGCAUAUUCUAUUUGGUUCUUCGAGCCCUUGAUACUGUUGAGGAUGAUACAAGCAUAGCUACAGAUAUCAAAGUUCCUAUUCUGAUAGACUUUUACAAACACAUAUACAAUCCUGAAUGGCACUUUUCAUGUGGCACUAAGGACUAUAAAGUUCUCAUGGACCAGUUUCAUCAUGUUUCAACUGCUUUUCUUGAACUUGGGAAAAGUUACCAAGAGGCGAUUGAGGAUAUCACAAAAAGAAUGGGUGCAGGAAUGGCUAAAUUCAUAUGCAAAGAGGUGGAAACAAUUGAUGAUUAUGACGAGUAUUGCCACUAUGUAGCAGGACUUGUGGGACUGGGACUGUCCAAGCUUUUCCAUGCCUCUGGAAAGGAAGAUUUGGCCUCAGAUGACCUUUCCAACUCAAUGGGUUUAUUUCUUCAGAAAAUAAACAUUAUUCGAGAUUAUCUGGAGGACAUAAAUGAGAUACCUAAGUCACGCAUGUUUUGGCCUCGUCAAAUCUGGAGCAAAUAUGUUAAUAAACUCGAGGACUUAAAGUAUGAAGAGAACUCAGAGAAGGCAGUGCAAUGUUUGAAUGAUAUGGUUACUAAUGCUCUGAUCCAUGCGGAUGAUUGCUUGAAGUACAUGUCUGCACUGCGGGAUCCUGCUAUAUUUCGUUUUUGUGCCAUCCCUCAGAUCAUGUCCAUUGGAACCCUAGCAUUGUGCUACAACAACAUUGAAGUAUUCAGAGGUGUUGUGAAAAUGAGGCGUGGUCUAACUGCAAAGGUCAUUGACCGAACUAAGACUAUGGCUGAUGUCUAUGGUGCUUUCUUUGAUUUCUCCUGCAUGCUUAAAUCAAAGGUUGACAGAAAUGAUCCUAACGCAGAAAAAGCGCUGAGCAGGUUGGACGCAAUACAAAAAACUUGCCGUGAAUCUGGGUUCUUAAACAAGAGGAAGUCUCUCAUAAACAAUGAGCCAGGAUCUAAUUCAGCUCUUAUUUUCCUCCUUAUAAUUAUAUUGGCCAUUGUAUAUGCAUAUUUCUCCCGACAAAAUAACUAAGCCAGUUAUGACAUUGCUCGCCUCGUCCUAAUCGAACCUGAGAUUUUCCGUUAAACGCGUAGGUUUAUUGGAAUGCUGCAGGUAACUGUUUAUGUACUGAAUGCAAAAAUGUCUAGUAGGGAUUCACACCCUUAAACCUUAUGUACUAAGUGUUGUUUUAAUGUUUUUUACUCUCUUCUUUGUCAAUUUACUCUUAAUUACGAGGUUGAAAAAAUAAUGUGAAAGUUGGUGAUUGUAAAAUGUAGUAAAAGUUCCAUAAUCUCUUUUUGCACUAA